AUGGUCAACCAGCUCCCGAAACUUCUCUCCUUCAAUUUAUUUUUUUCUUCACAGUUCGUCGUGCCACGCACACUCAGCUUGCUAUCCACAGUCUCUCGACACCCAGCUCCAUCCACACAUAUUGGGGUCUUCCCCUGGACCCCUAGAGGCGCGCGCGCAUACGAUUUUUUCACGUGUUUUUGCGCGCGCCUCGCCCCCAUCAAGAGCAGGCUCCCUCGAUUUUGCGGUACGAACAGUGCUCGGCGUGUUGGACGUUUGGGGUGUGUGGUGACAAAAUCGGACAACGCGCGCGCUGCAGCCUCGAUGGGGAUGCGUUGCGCUCGGUCUGGCGGGGAUCUCUAUUUCGAGAAGCUGCCAGAUGUUUCGUGGCCUUCCUGUCGUUGCCCGUCAGGCACGAUGUUUUGCUCCGAGUUACGUGCUGCCUACAAUUGGCAGGCCGGAAGAGACCUGACGUGCGUUAGGCAAACUUGCUUACUUUCAAGAAACCGAGCUCGAUCAAUAAAUUUAGAAUUAUAUCAAACCCUUGUUGCAAGCUUUUUGAAUCACCUACCUUUUCGUGUUCUCGCCCCUGGGUGCCAUGGGAGCAGUUCCUGGUCAGCGGACAGGAUCUAUUUGACGUAG